AACCCGGCUCUUAGUACGUACACUUAUAAAAGGACACCUCGAUCGCCACUCAAGCACAAGUACACAGUACACUCAACUCAAUCAGCAACCUCGCAUACACCAGGACCGAUCGAUCACAGCUUAACCAUAGCUUGCCUAACAUUAACCAUGGGAGCCAGCUUCCACACUACCGCGACGCUCUGCGCCGUCCUCCUGCUCUCCUCCUUCCUCCAUCCCGCCCGCUGCGACGACCCGCAGCCGCCGCCCGCCACGCCGGUGCCACCGUCCACAGCGUGCAACGAGACGACGGACCCUGCAUUCUGCCGGUCCGUCCUCCCGUCCAACGGCACCAGCAACCUCUACACCUACGGCCGCUUCUCCGCAGCCAGGUCCCUGUCCAACGCCAACAGGUUCCUCGCCCUCGUCAACCGCUACCUCGCCCGCGGCGGCCUCUCGUCCGCCGCGAUCGCCGCGCUGCAGGACUGCCAGCUCCUCUCGGGGCUCAACAUCGACUUCCUCUCCACCGCCGGCGCCACGCUCAACACGACGACGAACAAUAAUACGCUCCUCGACCCGCAGGCCGAGGACGUGCACACGCUCCUGUCCGCGAUACUGACCAACCAACAGACGUGCGCCGACGGGCUGCAGUCCGCCGCGGCCACGGCGUGGUACAUGCGCGGCGGGCUCGCCGCGCCCAUGGCCGACAGCACCAAGCUGUACAGCGUCUCGCUCUCGCUCUUCACAAGGGCAUGGGUGGUGCAGCGGCCGCGCCGUCCCAAGGUCAGGAAGCCCACGACGUCGAAGCCGCCUCGCCACGGGAGGGGGCUCUUCGAUGCCACGGAUGCCGAGAUGGUGCGCAGGAUGGCCAUCGAGGGUCCCGCGGCCACGGUGCCGGUGUUCGGCGCGGUGACCGUGGACCAGAGCGGCGCGGGGAACUAUACGACCGUUGGGGAGGCUGUGGCGGCGGCGCCGAGCAAUCUGGGCGGGACAAGCGGGUACUUCGUCAUACGCGUGGCCGCGGGCGUGUACGAGGAGAACGUGGUGGUGCCCAAGAACAAGAAGUAUGUCAUGAUGGUCGGUGACGGCAUCGGCCAGACCGUCAUCACCGGCAACCGGAGCGUCGUCGACGGCUGGACCACCUUCAACUCCGCCACGUUCGCCGUGGUGGGGCAAGGGUUCGUGGCGGUGAACAUGACGUUCCGGAACACGGCGGGGCCGGCGAAGCACCAGGCGGUGGCGCUCCGAUGCGGCGCGGACCUGUCGACGUUCUACCAGUGCAGCUUCGAGGGGUACCAGGACACGCUCUACACCCACUCCCUCCGGCAGUUCUACCGGGCCUGCGACGUCUACGGCACCGUGGACUACGUCUUCGGCAACGCGGCCGUGGUGUUCCAGGACUGCACCCUCCACAACCGGCUCCCCAUGGCGGGGCAGAGCAACACCGUCACGGCGCAGGGCCGCUCCGACCCGAACCAGAACACCGGCACCACGAUCCAGGGCUGCUCCAUCGUGGCCGCGCCCGAGCUCGCCGCCAACACGGCCUUCGCCACGGCCAACUACCUCGGCCGCCCGUGGAAGCUCUAUUCCAGGACGGUGAUCAUGCAGUCCGCCGUGGCCGGCCUCGUCGAGCCGGCCGGGUGGAUGCCGUGGGACGGCGACUUCGCGCUCAGCACGCUCUACUACGCCGAGUACGACAACUCCGGGCCAGGGUCGGACACGAGCAGGAGGGUCAACUGGCCGGGGUACCACGUGCUCAACAGCACCGCCGACGCUGGUAACUUCACCGUCGCCAACAUGGUGCUCGGAGACUUUUGGCUGCCGCAAACCGGCGUGCCUUUCACCACCGGGCUUUAAACUGAUCGAUCACGUCUUUGAUAUGAUAGAUAUACAUGACUCAGAGUCACCUGAUAUUAAUACAUGUGCAACAAAUACUGAUCAAAUAGGUUGAUAGAGAGAAUAAGGUGUAAAAAUACCAUGCAUGGAAGCAAAUUAAUUAGCAUUUUAACGUGCUUAUAUUGAUUGAUCUAUUCCACAACCGUUU